GGAAGGAGUUGGAACAGGAAGAAGAAGGGAGAGCUUGAAUGCAGGAUGAAGUUUGCUAGGUGGUGUGGGUGGGGUGCUCGAGGGUGCCUGCUGAAUGUACCAACGAUUAAAUUAGGUGAUUGCAGGUGGCGUGGUUGCGGUACGGUUGGUGGUGCUAUUUUUAUUCCUCUUGUUGCUGUGUUUGUUGUAAGUCGAGAGCAGGCAGGGGUAAGGAGCGUUGGGUGGGUGGCUUUGAGGGAGGGCAUGCGUUAGAGGGACGAGAAGAUGGAUGCGGUGAGGUAAUUCAGUCGCGAGUGUGUAAAGCGUUGCUGUGUGAGAGGAUUGCGGAGGAGGGUGCCUCUGGGACGUGAAGAAGGCUUGUGAGGCAGCAAUUGGGUAGGGACUGCAGAUCUGCAGUGGACACGGAAGCGGGCGAAUCGCCAUGUGGCAGAGCUAUGCCUGUGUAUCUGUUAUGUACGUCAAGAUGCCAUGAAAGGUCCUCGUUCGGUGUGCUGGGUGCUGGCGCAGGCAAUGAUGGGCUGGAGUACACCACGAUCUCGUACGGCAGUUGGGUUUCGCACGCACCUAGGCGAAUCAGGUCGAGGAGUUUCCAAUGUUUGUAUUUUAGGUAGGGAACUUGUACAUUGUCAGGAAUAACCGACACGCACUUGUUAAACACUGAACAGGGCGAACACGGCGCACCGCGUAGACGGUUCUCGGCUGCAACACUUCUGCCGCGGCAUUUGUCAUGGCGACUGCUGAAGACCUAAAAGAUGCUCUGCGCGAGAAUCUGGAACGCAAUGGAAAGCUUCGCAAAAUAAAGGCACAACUACGAGCCGAUGUUUACAGCGCCUUAAAUACAAGCAGCGAGGCCGACCAGAAGGCGGCACCGCAGCUUUCAAGUGAGAGCCUGCUCAUUAACGAGCUCAUCCGAGAGUACCUGGUUUACAACCAGUACCGAGGCACGCUAUCCGUCUUCUUACCAGAGUCUGGACAGCCGGAGGUACGGCCGUUCGAGCGCUCAUUCCUGGCGUCUCACCUCAACGUCCCGGAAGGACCAAACUCGGUGCAGCUGCCUCUACUGUACUCCCUCGUCGAGAUGGCGGCCAAGGGACGAACGCAGCCGCCACAGGCGAAACCCACUUGAGCGUCAACAUGUACACCCAUGAGCAUCAUGCCUUGCUGUGCUACUUGCUAUGGUGUCGGCACGGCAUGUACGGCGCACGCGAGUGCUGCCAAGUUCGCAACACCUAGCCAAAACGCAUGCCUACGUUACAAUAGUGACCUCGGGGA